GGUCUCUCUCUCUCUCUCUCUAUCUAAAAACUUCUUUCCACUCUGAUCUGACUGUUUUAUUUAUUUCCAACUUUUGUGUGUUGUUAUCUGUCUAAAGGUAAAAAUAUGGAACCUCUGCUCGUCUUCCUCCCACUUCAAUCUUCCUCCCAAAUUAACCCUUGCCUUUAUUAUUCCUCUCUCUUCCUCUUGCACUCCACACCUGGAGGAGGGAAGAGGCAGAGAGGGGGUGGGGUUCAAUGCUGACCGAGUCCCUUUGGCUUCAAUCUUGCCCUGCCUGAGGGGUCACAAAAGUAGAAGAAGGAAGAGGAAGAGGUGAGAUUUUAUUGAUCCUUUUGGAUCUUUUGCUUUUGGGCCCCUUUCAAGUUUGCCUGCCUUUGUUUGUGAUACCAGUAACUGGCUGCUCCGUGUUGUAAUUCAAAAUGGGUCUGAUUCAGCUGUGGAAGAGACUGGGACUUUUCAGUUUUGUGAAAAAUUAUGAUCUGGGUCUUUUUGCAUGGUUAAAUUAAGUAUUGCAAACGGAUGAGCUUGGUGUUGCUUGGAACUUGGAACCUACACUAAUUGUUUAUAUUGGGAUUUGAAUUGGUUGUCUUGUUCUUUCAUCGUAUUAUUUUGGGAAAAGGUUGUUUUAUUUGUUCUAUUCCUGCUGGUAGUUUUGAAUGGUUGGAGUUUGGGUCUACUAGUCUGGGUUGGGCCUGCAUACUCCUGAGACAUGGCAAGUAUUGAUGUUUCUAAGUAUGCUCAUAGUCCUGCGCACAGAGCUAUAGCAAUGAAAGACUAUGCCAGUCUCAGGAAGAUACUGGCAGGCCUCCCACGGUUUUGUGAUCCAGCUGAGGUUCGCACUGAAUCGGUUUCACUGACAGAGGAACAGAAAGCUGAUGCCAUCUCUUCCGUCAUUGAUAGGCGUGAUGUCCCUAACCGUGAUACCCCACUUCACUUGGCUGUGAAGCUUGGUGAUGAGACUGCAGCUGAGAUGCUUAUGGAUGCUGCUGCAGACUGGAGCUUGCAAAAUGAACAGGGGUGGAGUGCACUCCAGGAAGCUAUAUGUAACAGGGAAGAAGGGAUUGCCAGAAUUAUAGUGAGGCACUACCAGCCAUUGGCUUGGGCAAAAUGGUGUAGAAGGUUGCCACGGUUAAUUGGGACAAUGAGGAGAAUGCGAGAUUUCUACAUGGAAAUAACAUUCCAUUUUGAAAGCACUGUUAUUCCUUUUAUAUCAAGGAUUGCGCCAUCUGAUACUUACAAAAUUUGGAAAAGAGGUGCAAAUUUGAGGGCUGAUAUGACUUUAGCUGGUUUUGAUGGUUUUAGAAUACAGCGCUCUGAUCAGAGUAUUGUUUUUCUUGGUGAUGGGUCUGAGGAUGGGAAGGUUCCUCCUGGGUCACUUUGCAUGAUCUCACACAAAGAUGAAGAAGUGAUGAAUGCUCUCGAUGGUGCUGGUGCCCCGGCAAGUGAGGCAGAGGUGCAGCAAGAAGUUGCAGCAAUGUCUCAGACAAAUAUAAUCAGGCCCGGCAUUGAUGUGACUGAAGCAGUUCUUUUGCCGCAGCUGACAUGGAGGCGACAGGAGAAAACUGAGAUGGUGGGUCCUUGGAGAGCUAAAGUAUAUGAUAUGCACAAUGUUGUUGUCAGCAUUAAAUCCAGGAAGGUCCCAGGGGCCAUGACAGAUGAUGAGUUCGUCUCAUCUUGCAAUGAAAAUGAAACUGAAACUGAAACUGAAGGGCUUGAUGAUAUUCUGACGGAGGAGGAAAGAAGGCAACUUGAAGUGGCACUUAAGUUGGAUUCUUCAGAUAUAAGCAAUGAGAAUGGCGAUGUGGUUAUUCCACACCGGCAUAGUUGUUAUGAGCAAAGGGAGCUUCCUGUUGGGGACUCGAGUAGUUGUAGAAAUGGAGAGAUCAAGCAGGAAAAGAAAGGAUGGUUUGGAGGUUGGAGGAAACGGGACACUAAGCAUGACGAGCAGAAGAGAAUUGCCCCUCCAAGAAGUUCACUCUGUGUAGAAGAGAAGGUUAGUGAUCUCCUUGGAGAUUCUCCAGCAGAAAGUCAGAACAAACCAGGAAGGCAUUCUGUGGAGAUUGCUGUGAGGGGGGAUGAGCACCGUAGAGGAAAGGAUGCGAAAACAUCUUUAUCUAUGAAUUCUGAGAUUCGUCGUAAGGAAGGAAGCCGUGAAAAUGAAUAUAAGAAAGGCUUGAGACCUGUCCUCUGGCUGUCUCCAAAUUUUCCAUUACGAACUGAAGAACUCCUGCCAUUGCUUGACAUUCUGGCAAACAAAGUUAAGGCCAUACGACGUUUAAGAGAAUUACUUACAACAAAACUUCCUGUAGGGACUUUUCCAGUUAAGGUUGCUAUUCCAGUGGUUCCUACUAUCAGAGUUUUGGUUACAUUUACAAAGUUUGAAGAGUUACAGCCUGUGGAUGAGUUCUCAACCCCUCCUUCAAGCCCGACUGCUGCUGGUCGAGAGAGCCCUGCAGUAAUGCAGUCCUCAAGUUCAUCAUGGUUUCAGUGGAUAAAAGCUCCUUACCAAAGACCAAAUUCUUAUGCUGGUUGUACAAGCAGUAGGAUAGAGAACAUUGAAGAUCCAUUUGCAAUUCCUCCAGAUUACACAUGGAUUACAGCUGAAGCAAAGAAAAAGAAGAUGCAGGAGAAGAAUAAAUCAAAGAAAGGAAGAAGUCAGAAUCAGUAGCAAGGAUGCCGUUUUUGGGAUGCUUCCUCGUGAAGAGUAUUUGUGUCUCAUUAGAGUGACAUUGAUACGUACCGCGUGAGGAUACUUGUUCCACAAGUCAACAAAUCUGCAUGGUGUAAGAACAGUAGGGGGCCACGCUUCCAUAUACAGUAAAGCAGUGAUCCCCCUUUUAGGGUGAAAAUAUGGUGAAUUAUUGUGGGGGUAUAAAAAGUUGAAAAUGUGAUUCUUGCAAAUGCUUGUAACCAAUAUGGAACAAUUGUUUGGGUUCUGGUGAUGCUUACACCAUCUACAUCAUUUGAUUGCUUCUUUUUUUGUGUAUUCUUCUGACUUCUUCCCCAGUAAUCACUGAUGUAAUGACAAGGUUUCUUCACUGCUAAAAUGCAUUGCCCAUUCA